AUGUUGUCAAAGAAUCGUUGUGUGAUAGGCUCACUUGGGAUUUUACUGUUCAGGUGUGAUCAUGACAGCAAGACCAAAGCUAAUACCUGCAUCUUGGAGGCUGUCAAGGAAAAUAAUCAUGAACACUUUUUUGUGGUUACUCAGGACGCUGAUCUUCAAAAAAAGCUUCAGGAGUUACAACCAUGGCUUGUCUUUCGUUAUUGCAGGAUGAGAAUCCCUUUUCCAUCAGACUCUUAUCUGAAUAUACCUGGCAUUCCUGUAAUGUUUCUGGAGAAACCAUCUUCUGUUCAGAGCAAAUUUGUGAAAGAUUCUGAGGAAAAGCGCUUGCAUAUAACUGAGGAGGAGUGGAAAAGGUUGGAAAAGAAAACGGGUGUGGUUUUGGCAUCCCAGGAACCGAACCACUCUGAUGAAGAAGAUCUUGGUGGUCAUCGGAGCAGACAUAACAGCAGCAGGCAAAGUGUCACAAGCUGCUAG